AUGGACGCGGAUACUGCGGACACCAGUGCUGCCAACGAGCACCAAGACAUCAGCAAGCCGGCUCUCACUUCAACCACAACAUUUGACGUUGGCGGACGUGGCAAUGAGGAAAAUACGCCACCGCCAAACCGCCGCCCGCUGUUCGGUUCGAUGCGCGAGGCGUUGGAGAGCUCCGGCCAAGUGAAGGAAGAGCCCGGCGGAUACGUGAUCAAGCGCCACAGCGGACGUCCGCAGCAGUUCCGCUCCAGCGAAGUUGUGCCGAGAUCCAAGUACCGACACGCCAAGCAGCGCUCCGGCAAGGACACGCUCGCUGCUGCUGCAGCUGCUCCAAGCCCCGAGGACGAGGCGGACGCCGCCGGCUACACGGUCAUUCGUCGGCGCUCGUCAUGCGACGAGAGCUCCAGCUCCCGCGCUUCAGCUUCAGCGUCAGCGGCGUCGUCCCACUCUUCCGGCGCCGGACGUCGUAAUCCGCGGGCUUCAACGCCUGCGCGCGCUGGCGGCAAGAAGAAGCAGCAGCAGCAGCAACAGCGACCGCGUCGAGGCAGCAUGUCGGCGCUGCCCAGCAGCAGCCUGCGCGCCUCCGUGGCUGUGCCGCAGCCGUCGUCGAGUGUGCCGCCUGGGUUCCAGCCCCUGCGCCCGCCGCCGGGCUUAACGCAGGCGGCGUCCGGCUGGGUGGUCAAGGCCGCGGCACCGGCGGAACGCGCCACAAAGAUCGAGGAGCCGCCGGUCGAGGCGUUGUGGCCCGAGAUGAAAUCGACCGGCAAGACGCCGAGCGGCUGGGCCGCCUCCACGACGAGCGAGAGCGGCGGCUUGCAGGCGCAGGCGUGGCCGGGGCCGACGUCGAGCUCGAGCGCCGCCCAGAAGGAGCAGGAGGACGACGGCGUCGAUGACGAUGAUGACCUGCUCGCUCGUCUCGGGGUCACACUUUGA